CCAAAUUUGAACUAUAGUGGCAUAAUCGUUAUUGACCCAAUAAACCGUGCCCAAAUGAGGAUCAGAAAAGUGGGCACCGCUCUACAAUCAUCGGCGGCCUCCAUUCCCAAAAAAAUCCUCUGACACUGUUCCUGAAAAACCUUCUCUCUAACCUGAAAAAAAGGGGCCGUAUCUACUACACGACACGAGCACAUACUAUUAUCGUUUAUCGCGUACGAACGAUCUGUUUUUGGCUUGAUUUUCCUUCACUUCUCUUCGAGUUGAUCCACGGAACGAUGUCGUUGAGGCCGAAUUCGAGGACGGAGGUUCGCCGGAGCCGGUACAAGGUAGCGGUGGAUGCAGAUGAGGGACGCCGGCGAAGGGAGGAUAAUAUGGUGGAGAUCCGGAAGAAUAAGCGAGAGGAGAACUUGCUUAAGAAGCGACGUGAGGGGCUCCAAGCUCAACAGUUUCAGCCCGCUGCCAAUGUUCCUCUGCCCGAUAAGAAGAUCCGAUCCGAUGAUGGUUUUUGUCAUUUGGAUUGCCGUCUGAUCUGCUGCGGCACUCUGUGGUUUUUCCUAUUGAUCUUAGCCCUUCGGACUGAGUGUACUCUAUUUGAUGUUCUUUUUCAGUUGGAAAACCUUCCUGCAAUGGUUGCUGGGGUUUGGUCUGAUGAUGCUGCUCUGCAGCUAGAGGCUACAACUCAGUUCCGUAAACUUCUUUCUAUAGAGAGGAAUCCACCUAUUGAGGAAGUUAUACAAUCUGGAGUUGUUCCCCGUUUAGUUGAGUUUCUUGGGAGAGACGAUUAUCCUCAGCUUCAGUUUGAGGCGGCGUGGGCACUCACGAACAUUGCUUCUGGAACUUCUGAAAAUACCAAGGUUGUGAUUGAUCAAGGCGCUGUUCCAAUUUUUGUUCGGCUUCUCAGUUCUCCGAGUGAUGAUGUGCGCGAGCAGGCAGUGUGGGCUUUAGGAAAUGUAGCUGGUGACUCACCAAAGUGCCGUGAUCUUGUCCUUCAUUAUGGGGCUUUAAUGCCUUUGUUAUCACAAUUUAAUGAUCAGGCAAAAUUGUCCAUGUUGCGAAAUGCAACGUGGACAUUAUCAAAUUUUUGUAGAGGAAAGCCGCAGCCGCAGUUUGAGCAGGUCAAACCAGCCUUGGCUGCUAUUGCUCAUCUCAUACAUACGAAUGAUGAAGAAGUCCUUACAGAUGCUUGCUGGGCGCUUUCAUAUCUAUCUGAUGGUACUAAUGAUAAAAUCCAGGCUGUGAUUGAGGCUGGUGUGUGCCCUCGUCUGAUUGAACUUUUACUUCAUCCUUCUGCAUCUGUUUUGAUUCCGGCCCUGCGCACAGUUGGUAAUAUUGUGACUGGUGAUGAUCUCCAGACUCAGGUAAUCAUCAAUCACCAAGCUCUCCCACGCUUGCUUAACUUGUUGACCCAAAAUCACAAGAAAAGCAUCAAGAAGGAAGCUUGCUGGACCAUCUCAAACAUCACUGCAGGAAAUAAAGAGCAGAUUCAGGCCGUGAUCGAGGCUGGGUUAAUCUCCCCUCUUGUUCAUCUGCUUCAAAAUGCUGAAUUUGAGAUAAAGAAAGAAGCUGCAUGGGCUAUUUCAAAUGCCACUUCUGGUGGAACUCAUGACCAAAUCAAGUUUUUGGUGCAUGAGGGAUGCAUAAAGCCCUUGUGUGACCUUCUGGUUUGUCCCGAUCCAAGAAUUAUCACAGUCAGCUUGGAAGGUCUUGAAAACAUCCUAAAGGUUGGAGAAGCCGAGAAGAAUCAAGGUAAUACAGGGGAUGUGAAUAUCUUUGCACAGAUGAUUGACGAUGCAGAGGGUCUGGAGAAGAUUGAAAACCUCCAGUCUCAUGAUAACAACGAGAUUUAUGAGAAGGCAGUUAAGAUACUUGAAACAUAUUGGUUGGAAGAAGACGAUGAGCAGCUGGUGUCUACUGAUGAAGCUCAACAAUCUGGCUUCAACUUUGGAGAUGGUGCACUUCCGGUUCCAUCUGGGGGUUUCAAAUUCAGUUAGAGGAUUGCAUUCUGUUUAUGCAGUAAAAAAGUCUCGUGAUGUGGUUGGAUAAAGAUUUAUUUCAUCACGUGAGCUGUGGUGGUAUGGUAUGUUUCCAUUGAAUGGUGCAAGGCGCAGUCGUGGGACUUCAAAGAGUCGGUCAGUUAAUGUGUUUAUCUCGUAAGGUUGCUGAACAAUAAUUAUCUUCCAUUUUCAUGUUUUUUUUUGUGCAAGUCAAAGAUUGGAGUUAUUUUAGUUUUUACUGGUCAUCAGUGUGUUUUUUCUUUUUGUUUUUUGAUUUUUUUUCAUACAGUUGGAAAGAUGAUAUAAGCCUUAGGUAUAUUCUUGUCCAUGCAAGUCAUUUCCCAUAUUGAACUGGAGUAAAUAUUUGGGGAACGAGUCAAAUA